CUCUGCAACACCGAUAUUGGGAUAUAGAUGCGACAGGCACAAGUCAAAACGACGAAAAGGCCCUCGAAAUUCUCUAGAAUUUCAUAUUCCUCAUCCUACAAACCCUAGAUAGGAUCUCAACGCGCGAUCGAUUUCGCUAGCACUUCGAUCGUAUUCCACUGCGUGAUUAUCAAAUUAUUGUCAAUUUUUGGUGAAAAAUGACAGCUUUAUAAGAUUUGAUCCGACCGAAGUUCGAAUUAUAGCUGUGGAAUGGGCAGAAGUAGAGUAUUAGCGGUAAUUUUCACAUUACUAAUCGUUUCAGCAACUUCAAACGCAACAUUAUUCAAUUCCAGGAAGUUAGUUGAUUUGGCUCCUACACAAAGCAACAAUUCAUCUGAACAGAUUUCAGCUUCAAAUACUCCAGUUGAGGGUGAAAAGGAAGUUAACGCCAGCAAAGUUAGUGAUAAGAAACCUGAAAUUGGAAAAGAGAAGCCUGAAAAUCCUGAAGGAAGUAAUGAUCCACCAAAACCUCCGCCGGAGGAACUGAAUUCAACUAAAGUCAAUGAUGGGAGCUCAGUAACUGAAAAACAAAAGCCUAAAGAUCCUCAGGUAAGAAACGAUGCACCUAAAGAUUCAGUGGACCAGAAUUCAACUACGGUCAAUGAUGGGAGUCCGAUAGCUGAAAGCGAACAGCCUAAAGAUGCUCAAGGAAGCAAUGAUCCAUCAAAACUCGACCCAAAGGAACCAAAUUCCACUGUAGUGGAUGGUGAGAGCUCUAAAGGUGAAAAAGAGAAGCCUAAGGAUCCUCAGCCUCAGGGAAGCACUGACUCACAUAAAUUGGAUCAGGAUCGCCCUAAAAGUGAUAACAACACGGCUGCUGAAAGCCCUCCACCUGCUGAGAAGAAGGAGACUGAAGAAAAGAAGAACCAAGAUGAUAAAAUAAACUCGGAAGUGAACACUAACGAAAGCUGUCAGGGGGCUACUAAAAUGUGCAGGGUUGAACAAACACUGAUUGCCUGCAUUCAAACUCCCCAGAAUGGAUCUGCUGGAUUGUUCCUUGUGGUGCAAAAUGAAGGGGAAAAAAGAGUGAAAGUAAAUAUCAAUAUCCAACCUCCUCUGGACAGUUCUCUACAAGCUAUUAAACUACCAAAACAUCAGUCAGAAAAG